AUGAUCCUAAGAAAACAACAAAGUUGCCUUGAAGUUCCAGGACAUAAAGGUAUUGCAGGCAUACCUGACCACCUAGUCAAAGAAGUGGAAGCCCUUUCAUCCAUGGGAACAACAAUGAAGCACUGGCCAAAAGCACAAGUUGUCUUCUUAGGAAUGAUGAUAAGUACGACAUUUUGGGAGCACAUAAGCAAAAAGUACGGUAGAAAAAAGGCAUUGACGUUUUGUGCUUUUCUUUUACCUUAUUAUGGUUUUAUGAGCUCUUUUGCUCCAACAUUUGUCAGGAUACUUAUUCUUAGAGGAGUCGUUGGCUUUGCAAUAGGAUGCGUACCUCAGUCAGUCACUCUGUACGCUGAAUAUCUGCCAUCCAAACAAUGAGCUAAACGCGUGGUUUUACUUGAUUGUUUCUGGGCUUUGGGAGCUUGUUUUGAAGUUGUGAUGGCGCUUCUUGUAAUGCCUACAUUGGGUUGGCAAUGGCUUCUAGCAUUGUCGACAGCUCCUAUCUUAGCUUUCGCUUGCAUCAGCCCGUGGUUGCCAGAGAGUGCCAAGUAUCAGCUUGCAUCUGACUGCCCGGAAAAGGCAUUGCAAACGUUAAGACAGAUAUCUUCAGAAAAUAACAAACCGAUGUUAUUGGGAAGACUCGUUAUGGAAGAUAAUAGCAACGGAUCUAAAGGAAAAAUAAAAGAUCUACUUCUUCCCCAUCUACGGCUGACUUCUUUUCUUCUCUGGCUUAUAUGGUAUUAUUGUUCAUUCUGUUAUUAUGGAGUUGUCUUAAUGACUACUGAACUCAUUUCAGCAUGGAACAUGCACUAUAAAAGGAGCUUUGUUCUGUGGACUUCUCCAGGUGAUAACUGCUCCGCAGAAUGUGUUCAGUUAAAUACCCAAGAUUAUAUGGAUCUUUGGACAACAUUUGCAGAGUUUCCUGGUAAAACCACUCAUCUACAGUAA